AUGCUGAUCAUCAGUGUACUGACCCCAAAAAGCGCUUCACGGAGAGUUUUGAACAAUCAGAUUCUUGGCGCUCGCGUCGAUACACUCUCGCUUUAUCUGAUCUACUGGGCCCUAAAUCUCAUCUUGGCACUAUCAAAUGUCGAUUUCGAAAGGAUCGACAAACGCUUUGGAUGGGUCUCUGUGGCAAACUUCACAUUACUUGUGUUUCUCGCUCUCAGGAAUACACCGCUCGCUCUCCUGUCUGGCAACUCUUACGAGAAGCUGCGCCCUCUUCACAAGGUGGCCGGCUAUACUUGCAUCGUGACUAGUGUGAUACACGGCAUCACCUACACCGUUGUCUUUGCCCAGAAAGGGAAAUUGGAGAAGUACAAGGAAAGAAAAAACUUCUCUGGAGUCAUUGCAGGAAUAGCAAUGUUGAUCAUUGGAUUCUCUACCAUCGCGUAUGUUGUUCAAGAAAGUUAUGAAAUCUUCUACGUGAUACACCUUCUCAUGUUCAUCUUGAUCUUGAUCACUAUCGGAAUGCAUCGGCCGGAUUUCUCAAAAUCUACGAAGUCUUGGAACUUUUUCGGCAACAAUGCCACUGUGACACCAAUGAAAGAUGGCGCAGCUCGAGUGACACUCAAGCGCAGUCUCUAUUGUAGUCCUGGAUCGCACGCCUUCUUGUGGAUUCCCUCUAUUCGUUGGAUGGAAACCCAUCCCUUUACUCUCAUUUCAAAUGAGCCGGCCGAGUUUCUCAUUCGCGAAUAUAAUGGCUUCACUCGUGAUCUGCUGAAGAUUGCUCGGGAAGAACCUGGAAAAGUCCUUCGGUGCUCCGUUGAUGGAGGCUAUGGCCAGAUUGCCAACUUCAUGAAAUUUGAUCGGAUCGUCCUGGUCGCUGGUGGUAGUGGAGCUACCUUUACCUUCAACAUUGCACUCCAUGUACUGAAAGAAUGCGCUGCUGAGAGUAUCGCGAGACCUAUUGACUUUAUUUGGGUAGUUCGCCAUGCUGCGUCAUUGAAAUGGUUUGAAAAGGAGCUACAACAAUUGCAGGAUUGCCCUUGGAUCAAUCUUCUCAUUCAUGUCACGCGAGACGAUGCGCCUUCCGAUGAGCUCUCAAGUUCAGGCUCAAUACCUGUUGCUGGCAAAUCUGAAAAAGGACCACUAGCCGUUGAGAAUAUUGACAGAGGAGCGCCAGUCAUCGCGGAUAUCGAGAAAGCAAAAGGAGAGAUGACUGGACAAACCUCAAUUUCCGUGUCUGUUAUACGAAAGGGGCGCCCAGAUAUCGCAAGCUUGAUUGCUGAUUGCCUAUCACAAUGCUCCUUGGGUGAUCGUGUCGGGGUAGGUGCUUGUGGGCCGAUGAAGAUCAUCGAAUCAACACGCGAGGUGACCAGUAGAAGCGUUUUUGACGGUUGGCCCCUCAUUGAUUUCUAUAGCGAGGAGUUCGAAUGGUGA